AUGAUUUCUUUGAGAGGAAUAUUUGCAUUUAUCCUUUUACCAAUUAGAUUAUUAUUUGUUUUAAUCAAAUAUCCAUUCUUUGGAGGAAUAAACAAUUUAUAUAAGAAUGAUUUAAUCAAUUCUUUGAAAUUGACUUUUUAUCAAGCAUUAAUUAAUUUCCCUCUUAAUGAUGUUUAUAUUUUCACAUUAAUAUCUAGUGAAUUUAUUAUCAAUAAAGUAAUUGGGAAAUUAUAUCCUAGUUUAACUAAAAAUUUAUCAAAUUAUGGUGAAAAAUUUGAUAAAAAUAGUUAUUGGCUAAUUGAAAAAUCAAAUAGAUCAUCUAAUGAUCCAAUAUUAAUUUAUUUACAUGGUGGUGGUUAUUUUCUUGGUAUUAUACCUCAACAAAUUGAAUCAUUAAUAACAACUUAUUAUUUAUUAGACCCAAUUAAACAGAGGAAUUUAUCUAUAUUAAUAUUAGAUUAUAAAUUAACAUCUCAUGGUUAUCCAAUUCCUCAUCAAUUGACUCAAUUACUUGAAACUUAUACUAAUUUGGUUAAACAAGGUAAUGAAAAUUUUUUAUUAAUGGGUGAUUCUGCUGGUGGUAAUUUAGCUAUAACUUUUACUCAAUAUUUAAGAUUAUCAUCAAAUAAUAAUAAUAAUAAUAAUAGUAGUAAUAGUAAUAGUUCAAAUUUACCAUAUCCUAAAUCAUUGAUUUUGAUUAGUCCUUGGGUUAAAUUAAUUGCUGAAACUUAUCAAAAUACUCCUGGACAUUCUUAUUAUAAUUAUUCAUCGGGUGAUGUGAUUCAAUUUGAUAGAUUUUCAAGUAGUGAAUUAUAUCAAAAUCUUCUUGGUACUGAUACAAAACUUAAUUCUUUAACUGUAUCUCCAGGAAAUUGUCUUUAUUCAAGGGAAGAUUGGGAAAAUAUUCCUACUUAUAAUCAACUUGGUCAUUCAGUGUUUGUAAUUUCUGGAGAACAUGAAACUUUCCGUGAUGAUAUUUUACAAUGGUGUAAAUAUUCAUUAAAUUAUCCCGUUGAUGAAUUGAAUUUUAAAGAUUCUAAUGGUGAAUAUGAUCCUAAAAUUCAUAAAUAUAUUAGAAAUGAUGAAAAAUCAGCUUAUAUUGAUAUUAACAUUAUUCCUUGGGGGUUACAUGAUUAUUUAAUUUUUGAACAUACAUUGAUUGGGAAAUUGAAAUUGGAUCCUAGUUUGAAACUUCAAUCAAUUAAUAAAAGGAAAUAUUUUGGUACUUUAAGUGUGGUCAAUUUCCUUAACACUAUAUUACCUGGAGAAAACUGA